UUUAUCUCGGGCCUUACCCAUUAGGUCCCGACUAUCAGCAGGAGCCUUAAACCAGAAGGCUCUUGGAUCAGUGUGUAUCGCUGAGUGUGUGUCUGCAGUUAAAACCAGGUGCCCAUUUGCGCCCAGCGGAGCGUGUUGGAAAGGAAGCGUUCGAUGCUGCACGAUUAUUCUGUCUGAUAGCCUGUGAUUAUUCUGAGUAGUCUGAAAUUACCAUGUGAAAUCACCGUCCGUUUACGCGGCAGUGUGUACAUGAUAGCGUAUCCAGAGGGUUCUGGCAUCCGAGCGAAUAAUGGCGGAUACCUUGUGAGGAUAAUGCUCACGUCUCUGGGGUGAAAGAGCCGAGCGAAAAAAAGUGUAAUCUCAGAAAACUGAAGCGCAUCGCCGGUGCGUGCUCAGACCUUUCCACGUCGGUUUGCUCUACACAGAGCGAGCGCUUCCCCUCUGGGUCUCUAUAGAGCGGCACUUAGGCUCAAUGGAUUUUAUUUAACCUCAGCUCUCUGCAGAUGAGUUACAGUGAGAUGGUGUCUCCGUGUCUCCCGAGGCCUGCCCCGUGUGGCCAUAGCUCAGAGGCCCGUUGGCUUCCAGCUGCCUGUGUGUCGGUGUGAGGAAACCCUCGCUUGGUCUCAUUAAAAUACAAUCUGUUGUAGAUGAGCAUCGUUGCCCUAGAUUCCGCCGGCCUCAAGGGCACGGCCAUGUAGGUAGCUGGAUUCUAAAAGUUAGCGUUUAUAUAUGUUGUGGUUCCUUUUGUGAGGCUGACUGUGACGUCACCUGGAGCUGGGAACUGGUUUGAACACUGUGGGAGAUCAGGCUAAUUAACUUGUCCCUCAUUUUAGUUAAUUACAUGGCUGCCAUAAUUGAAGUCCCUCGCAGUUAGAGAACAUAGAGUUGCAGGUUUGCUGUGGUUCCACUUUGUAUUGGCUUUUCUGGUUUAUUGAUCCCGAGGACUCUGGCUUUGUUCCUCUGAGGCUCACGGCGCCGAGGUAGAAAAACAUCUCUCCUCGCUCUGUUUGCCUCCCUGUCAUUUUUGCUUCGGUGGGACCGAGCCGCCACGCAGCUUUGUAGCUGCAAAACUCCGGCGCCGUAUAGAUUAAAGACGCCGCGCCGUGUCGUAAGUUCUUUCUAAACAAGGUGCCAAAGUCCAGAGUGUAACUUUUUUGCCUGAGCUAAUUUCUGUGUGCAUCGUGAUGUAGCGUCUCGGGGAGCAAUCCAGCGUGCAAGCCUUGGCUGAAGCGGUUUGUUUGCAUGUGCUGUGAUGCAGUGCAGCGCAUAAGAGUCCUUUCAUAAAGUGUUGUCCUCAAACAACAACUUCUGUCUGAUUGCAGUGAAGUCAAGCGUUUCGGCGUGUGCACGUGCCCCCAGCUGUGCAGAAAACAAAUUGCAGAGCGUGUGUGUGUGUGGGGGGGGGGGGCGUGUGUGGAGUCGUUUAUAUCUAUAGCGGCGCAGGCAGUGUCACAGUGGAACCAUUGAUCUAACGUGCACAUCUGCGCACACACGCGUUCACACAUCCACACAGAGCUUCUCGGUACACAAUGGAGCCUGUCCGAAGCUCGGACCUCCUCCCUGCUCCCGUGUCUCUGGCCCUGCGCUGCCUGGUCCUGAUCCUGCUCUGUGCCACGCCUCAUUGUCAGGCGGUGCAGGCGGAGAACGUGACCGUCUUGGAGGGGGGCACGGCCCAGAUCUCCUGCCGUCUGCAAAACUACGAUGGAUCAAUCGUGGUCAUCCAGAAUCCCCGCCGGCAGACUCUCUUCUUCAACGGCACGCGAGCGCUGAAGGACGACCGCUUCCAGAUGGUGCUCUUCACGCCGCGGCUGGUGCGCAUCACGUUGACCAACGUCAGCGUGCACGACGAGGGCGGCUACUUCUGCCAGCUCUACACGGACGCCACGCACCACCAGGUGGCCACGCUCUCCGUGUCGGUGCCGCCGGAGACGCCCACGGUGGACGUGAAGCAGGAGGCCGUGGAGGGCGGCGAGGUGGAGCUCACCUGCAUGACGCCGCGCAGCAAGCCGGCCGCCACCCUGCGCUGGAUCCGCAACGGCCGGGAGCUACCAGGUGUGGUUUCCCAGCAGGACAACGGGAAGACGUUCAGCGUGUCCAGCACCAUCCGGAUCCCCGUAGAAAGGAAAGACGACGGGGCGGCUCUGAGCUGCGAGGCCUUCCACCCGGCGCUGGGUGGGCAGAGGAGGAUUCGCCACUACCGCCUGGAUGUGAAUUUUGCACCCACAGUGAGAAUCGUUCCUCCUACUGGGAUUUUGCGAGAGGGUGACUCGCUUACCCUCACCUGCUCCGUCACCGGGAACCCGCUGCCCAGGAACAUCCAGUGGUCAAAGAUUAACGACACUUUACCUGAACGGGCAGAGAUCUCCGGCCCCACCCUCCAGAUUUCCCGUCUCAGCCAAUCACACAACGGGACUUACCUGUGCCAGGCCCAGAACAACUACGGACGUGCCGCCGACCAUUACACCCUACUGGUGUAUGAUAAUGUGUCAGUCACUACCUCGGCCCCUCCCGCUCCCACCUCCACUCAACAUAUCACCUCCCAUCCCGUCACCCCCACCCUCCUACCAUCCAGCUUCGCCUUGGACCCGAAAGAUCCCGGCGCAGUGGUGGAGACUCACAGCGCCGUGCCAUACGCAGUGAUAGGUGGUGUUCUGGCACUGCUGGUUUUCACCGUCAUCUGUGUCCUCAUCGUCACCAUCUGGUGCUCCGUCCGGCAGAAAGGUUCCUAUCUUACCCAUGAGGCCAGUGGGUUGGAUGAACAUGGUGAGGUGCAGGAAGCCUUCCUCAAUGGGAAUGACGCCAGCCAGGGCAAGAAGGAGUACCUACUGUAGCCCUUCCGAGUCCCCUUCUCUUCUGACCUCAGCCCUCCAUCCCUCCCCCUCCCCGUCUCCCUCCUUAUACACAGUAUACACAAACACACACACACACACACAUGUACACUUGUACACAAUGCGCCAUAACAGGCAGCCUUCUGAAAAACGACUGUAUACAGAUUCCGCACACAGCCAGUCCAACCUGCUCCAUUCCAGCCCAUAUCCUCCACACACACACACACACAUACAAACCCAGAGACAGACAGAGGAAGCGAGAGCCUAUAGACCCACCAGCCAUUAACGAAUGUGCCAUAUACUGUAAGCAGGAGAAACCGGGGGGGGGGGAGAGAGCGAGCAACUGGGGGGGAAAGGAGAGGGGAGGGAGGGUGAGCUGCAUGUAGGCAAUAACGAAAUUAUGCCGUAAUUAUUUUGAUCGAGAGGGAAGCAGGGAGCACAAAGAAAACCGGCAUUCCGCCCGUGCAGCCACCAAAGUGGAAGCGGAAUUAGAGGCAGAUGACUGCUAUAAUUCCAUGCCUGGAGAAAACCAUUUCACAAAGCUCAAUCUUUAACCUGCGGAGACAGAGGCAGCCAGUGUGCGAGGGGGGACGGGGGGGACCGGGGAGAGUUGACCAGGAGCUAUCGAGCGGCCGGUGCUAGCAAAUUGAAAUUUUGUCGAAAUUGCCAAAGCAUCUUGCCGCUCAUAUAUAAUUCCAUAACAACACUGGAGCGUGUAAGCCCAGAGUCCCGGGAAGGAUCCAUACUUUAUGAACUAGCUAACUGUCCUCUUUUGCUUUCCCUGGUGGUUGAGCUGCCAAUAACUGGUAUUUUUACUCUCGCUGCAGUAAGUGAGGACAAUUAAUUUACUCCUUCUUCCUCUCCACUCACCUGUUAGCGUCCUCUUCCCGCUCCCUUUUAUCUCUUGUUCUCUCCGUACGCUGCUCCCUCAAUCGCUCCUCCUUUUGUUGGCUCCUAAUAAUGAAAGGAUUAGUGUUGGGCUGCGUUCCCGACAAAGAAGAAAGGAAUAUGACUUGCUAAGGCAUUAAAGAAAAGCUUAAUUAUUUUAGAACGUCAUUAAGAGGAUAAAAAGGUUUAAAAGUCUUAUUAAGAAGGGCAAGGGGAGCAAUAGCUGAAGGAAUGAAUGGGCUGUUUUCUCCCUGAAUGGUACCACACACAUGCAGAUACUUGCACACAUUCAUACGUACAGGAAACACAUCCACAGAACAAGUAUACAUAUCUCUGAAUUCAUUAUUUGUAUAAAAAAUGAACAGCAACAUAAAUUAAAACAUAAAAUGAAACUUUUAAGAAAUAAGAAAAAAUGUUUACUAUUGAAUAUCAUUAUGAAGCAACUAUACUAACACAGAAUAUUAGCCUAUAGAGGUGCAAAGCCGAACAAACUACUGUCCAGUGAUCUUUAAAGAAAAAAAAGAAAAGAAUAAAAAAAAAAAAGUUUGUCUUUAUGAGAAACCAGAGGUCUUAUUGAUUUUUGUAUUAAUUAUUAUAAUUAUUAUUUGAACAAUUAUGAUUGUUGUUACUGUUAUUAUUAUUGCCGUUGUUAUUAUUAUAAUUGUAAAUGUUGAAGAAAUGUACACUUCCCAUGAUUUUUAUGUUUGGUUCUACUGUAGAGAAAUUGCUGUCUUUUUUCACUCUUACCUUUCCUCUCUCUCCCAGUCUUUCUCUCUCUCUCUUCGUCUCCUGUGCCUAGUCGUCUCUUCUCCUGUCUUUCACUCUUGUUUAUUUUAGAGUCCAUGUGUCAUUGUUGAUAUAUAGCUAACUAUUUCUUUAUAGGGGAAAGAUACAAAGCACGACAAAAUAAACAAAAAAAAGAUUCCAAAAAUCGU